AUGGACACCUCUCAGUAUAUUCGAUCAUGCAACCCAGCUCGCUUUGUAAUUACUGGUUCACUUUUGAUCUUUUCUAUUCUGUUUGCAUCACGACUUGAUGGAUACAUCCAGAUUAGUUAUUGGCUCGUCUUCUUGCCAUUGUUUAUUUGGAAAAUGUUGGUGAUUUUCGGUGCUUGUACAGGAGUUUUCAUCUGGUGUAAAAGUGGCGAACAAAAUCGAAUUCUUCGAUCGCCAGACAAUGAUUGUCGAGCACUGAUCAUUUACUUUUUCAUGCACAUUCUUCUAUUCACAUUUGAGAUCCUGACAUGUGAUAAAUUAGAAAAUGGGCUCGAAAUUCAAUGGAUUCUCUGUUUUACUCCAUUACUUUUAUGUACAGUCGUUUCGUUUAUCUCGUGCUUAUGGUUAUUGAAGACACAAAGAAACUUCCUCAUUCCAACUUUCAUUACAAUCAAUGGACUUUUCUUUCUAUUUUUUCCAUUACGUCUCGAUUAUUUCUCUGUAUGGCGAUAUUCUAUUGUUUUCAUUCCAGUCUGGAUAUCCUUGUGCAUUGCUAUAAUCUUUGUGUUUAUCAAAAUCAUUCUUGCUCUUGUGCAUCGAUGUUCUCGCCGAAUAGUAACUAAUCAACGUGAAAUAACGACGAUCACUGAAGCGAUCCUAUAUGCACUAAUGUUCAUCCCAUUAGGUAUCUUUGCAAUAUUACUAGUCGAACGUCUCGAUAAAGAAGAGGAUCAACAACUCAGUAAAUUAUCGUAUAGCAUCAUCGUAAUACCAUUGUAUAUUUCAUUGAUCGCGUGGAUGAUGUUUUCUUUCGGCGCUUCUGACGGCAAUCCAUGGUGGUUUGGUCUUCGCCGUGAUUUAUGUGAGAUACUUCUUGGUCGAUGUCCGGUUAUUUCUCUUUAUUUCAACAAUCAGUAUAAAUUUGACACGCGUACAUCGAUGAAUGAUGUUAUUAUUGAUCUAACAACGUCAACCAAUGAGAAAAAUAUUGAAUCAAUCCAUAAAAGUAAAUUAACAGUAGUAACCAAGGAAAAGAACCUUGUCACACAACAUCAAUCCGCGUCAUUACUCGAACCUGAUUAA